CAGGAAGAUUCUCAGACAGAGUUUGACAUUCCCCUUUGGUUGAGCUUCGUUGUUCUGAUUUCUACGAGUUCAUCAUUUUUCUUCUCACUGGUCUCCAACUCUAACCCGUUCUUGACAAGCAACACUGGGUAUGCGGACGGAGGUGAUAUGUACUCGCAUCAAGUCGAAGCACUUUACUUGAAAGAACUUCUUCAAGGUGGAACAACCGACCUUUGGUUCGAUGAAUUAACAUUGGGCUACCCUUUCUUUCUUGCCUAUCACCCACUUCCAUGUCUGCUUAAUGCCAGUCUCAUGAUCUUAGGAGAAUUGUAAGUAAAACUCUGUUUUAAUUCAAUCCGUCAUGUAGACAGUUUCAUGUGGCGACUGGGUUAAGAGGGAAAAAAAAAUCCUUGAAACAGAUUAUACAUUAAAAUAAGUGAUAUUCAUUUACUGAUCUUGCAAGUUUCAAAGGGUGACAAAACAGUUUUAUUGUCAAAAAAUUUCAGUCUUUCCUUAAAGUUUUUGUGCGCAGGAGAUUUCGUCCAUUUUCUUAAUUAAAUAUAUUCUUAUUCAGUGUUACGUAACUAGUGUAACUUACGUAACUUUAACUUAAAUUAAGUUGUUACCUUGACCGGUUACACAUUACUUGGACUUUCUCCUGUCGUCUGAAUAAAAAGGCGCAGAAUGUUUAAAGUCAAAAAUUAAACCGCAAAGUAAAAGAAAUAACUGAAGUUUAUUGUUCCCAGGAAUGGCAAUAGUGAAACCUUCUUUUGUCCUCUGAAAUGAGGAGAAUUGUUCACGUUAACUUGUUAAAAAUCCUGAUAGUCACAUCUAUUUUGUUUUUAAAAACACAGGGAUGUUUUUCUUCAAAUUUUACUUGGGAAAUCUUCCUGUUAGGCUUAAUUCCUUUGAAACAAUUAUCACCUAAUCUGUGCAGUGGCAAUGCCAUGCACGUGGGAAGAUUUUCAGUCAGUUAAAAGGUCUGGUAAGGAUAAUCUUUGAGAGAAGAAUUCAUCAGGGUGGUAAAAUGUAUUGCACCUUGGAUAGAAACGCCGUGUGUUUAGUUUAUGAGGAAGUGAAAAUUAGUUCCGUGACAAACAACUUUGCACUGGGGACGCAAAGCUGUUAUCGUUUCCCAAGUUAACAGUCUAUUUUGUUUAAUGACUGGAGGAAUUCAUCUCAGCUUAAAAUUGUGUUUGACGAUUAAAGAAAACUACUCAAACAUACUAGUACUGAAAGAAUUCCACGAUAGCUUGAAAUAAUCACAUAUUGGGGUAUAUGGGUCGAAGGAAUUAGACCAUUCUGAUGAUCGCAAUAUCAGUAUAUCUAAUUUGUUGAGCAGAAGCUUUAUUUGUUAGAAUUUUUGGAACCCGUUAAUUAAAAGACCUCUUACACUGGCAAGGGCCAUGAUUAGUUACGUACAAGACAUUUCAGAAAACAAUGACACUUAUUAUUGCUUUGUCCUCGUUCUCAGACUUUGGCCAGUCCAUUUCAAUUUUGGUCGGUUUUUGUUUUCAGGUGGUCCAAAUUGUUUGUCAUUUUUUCUUUUGACUUGGUGAAAUACUAAUGUCAGCUGCGCUUUUAUGUGAGGUUUGCUUGUAUACAAGGCAGGGUGAAACGAAAGUAAAUGUAGAAAAAUCAACUUGUGCAAAUUGGGUAAAAUGUUACUUCAGUGGGUUACAUUGCUAGUGGACUCGUGCAUAGUGAGCCCAGAAAGUUUUUAUGCCACAAUAAAUAUUUUAUCGACUAAACAAGGGGUACAAACUUUGGGCAACUCACCCAGUAUAGUCCAAUGGAAGUCAAUUUCAAGUGGUCACUAAUUGCUCGUCCUAAUCUAUAACAGAAGCUUGAUAAUUCCCGUAACACUGUAAAUGUAAGCUGUGUGCUGCUUAUACUAGUCAAACCAUGGUCGCAUCCUUGAAGUCCAAACGUGUGCCCACCAUUAAAAUUGUUUAACAGCUACUAAUGAUUUCCACCGUUCUUGUUGUAAUGCAUUAUUUUCUAGUAAACUUCAACUACGUAGUGGGGUUCUGACAAUUUAGAAAUUAGAUACAAGGAAGGACAUAGACUUUCGUGUUCUAGUUUGACGAUGAAUUUUCUGUGUCGGCAAUAACUGUGUACGUUGAUAUUGCGUUUAAUCUGUACGUCUCUUUGGGACUGAGAGGUCAAGCUAAACGACAAGGUGAUUGUUCUAAAACGAUACAAUGCUUAAAAAAAAAAAAAAAACCUUAGCUUAAAAUCACUUGACACAGCGCUUGAUGGUUUUCUGAACUGAGGUCUUCACAAACCGCAUGUGUCUCCAUCUUUGACCAUCUUUAGUUAUGCCGGAUUUAAUAUGGACAGAUACGUGCUACUUCAGGUGACGGAACAAAGCCGGGUUCAUUUUUAAUCUGUAUCGUUACUAGAACUAUAAACCAAUGCUAGUGUGAAAGAAUUUAAUGCCGGACGCAAGCAGCACUUUUACACUUCUACACUUUCAUUGUAAAACUGUCAAAGCAAAUCAAAAGAAACUCAAAUUGACGCCCUUUUUUACUUGAUUUUUUGACUCGAGUAUGGCGUGCAUAUAAUACCCACGCGAAGCAAUGAAAUACGUGCGUGUAAGGUCAACGGCGGCUCAAAAUUAAAAUUCCUAAUAAAACAGUCACUCUAUUUUCAACCUGGAACUCAAGUGAAAUUUUGGGAGCUUUCAACAUACAGUACAAUGAAAUGGUGAUACCGUAACUGUUUUUUCUGUGAAAUACACGAGUAACACAGAGAAACAUGUAUACUAGAUCUGAAAUUUGUAGUAACUAAUUACCGUCAUAUAAGAAUUCUUAAACCCUUUUUUGUACUAUAAACUGCGUUACAUUCGACUAUUAAGGCAUGUAGAUUUUUACAAUUAGUGUAUCUAAACCAAGAAGUGUUUUUGAGAAUUAACGUUGGCUCGACAGUCGAGCUUUCAACGCUUUUAACGAUGGCUCUGUGUCUUAUUUCCCUUUUGUUAAAGGACAUGUAAUGUUCAAGGUUUGCAAUAAAGUCACUUUUGAUAAAUUGAAGUAGUUGAGCAAAACCGAGGUAAUCUUUACUUAGAUAUGAAGUGGGAAAAUUAAGAGUUUUUAGCCGAUUCUCAAAUGACGUGUCAUUCCCCUCGAUCAGUCUAGAUGUAUUACGUUGGACAUGACCUAAUUUGUCGGAAAGAUGCUUGUGGUGGGUUUCAAAUGGGACAAAAGAUGGGUUAGUUGCGAUGGGUAGGAGUAGCGAGGACGCCAUGCCAGUGUGACUGAAAUGUCCAUGUUGAGUUCUAUAAACGCAGAAAUUGAUUGAUGUUGUCGAACUUUAGUUGGGAUUUUACCAAAAGACCUGUCAGAGAGAUGGAGCGAUAGUUAAAGACUUGUUCCUUUUCGCUUUUUUCGAAAACGGGAAUGUUCUGUGUGAGCAGAUUGAAAUGGGUAAAAAUUUUGCCAGAGAUACAUAUUUUGCUGCAGUCUCGUCGCGAAGAGAUAUAUCGGCUGAUAUGGCACGGGACCUUGGGCUCCCAGUCCACCAAUGUUUAAACCACUGAGCAAUUUGUCUACACCUUUAGAACGAACCAGGAGUAGAGGCGACUUGAUGUCUGUAAGGUUGGAGUCCAUCUUAAUGAAACUUGUUAGGAACUUGUUGAAUAGCUUUGAAGUCUUGUGGAAGCCGCAGUUACUUUUUGGGCGCUGUUGAGCGACUUUUCGUGUUGUCUGAAUCUUGACUUUGUCUUUGAGUUUGAGAAUUUGUCACGACCCAAAAUGCUUUUGUGUUCUUACAUAUCAGUCAUUGACUGAGCUUGUUUUAUGCGGUAGCUUUUCGUGAGCUCGUAUUUUGCUUUGUUUCCAUUCAAGUUGAACUCCCGAGUUUACAGUCGCCUAUGCUUGGUCAUUGGCAAAUUUGAAAUAAGUUGAAUUUCCACUGAACUGUCAAGGGAGCGUAAAUAGGAAUGAGUUGGAAGCAAAACUAAAAGUAAAUUAGCAUCUAUUUGUUGCUUGCAUGAUAGGUAGGUACUCUGUUUGUUAUAUUUUAGUAGCCCAAUGGCUUAAUUGUGAAAAGCGUUACGUAAUUUAGGAUAUCGAUACAAUUUUCUGACAGGAAAAACACACACUAGGCCAUUGUAAAAGGACAAAAAUUGAAAUAUGUGGUGGCUAAAACUUUCAGUUGUAAAUUUCUAUAUAUAUCACUGUUCUUUAGUCUGUCUUGCUUUCAGGGACUUUGAAUUUAUGCUUAGUCCAUAGUUUUUAGCGGAACAUUCGUUUCCUUGAAGCAUUAAGUGGUACGUUUGUUACUUGAAAAGUGUUGUGUUUGAUGAUAGACCUCCGUCUGACAUUUAAAAACCAACUUCAAUUCUUGAUUUUUUGUAUUAUUAUAGUUGUUGUACAGCAAUUAGUAAAUAAGGAAUACUGCUGAAUGUCGUAAUCAGGAAAAAAGGGGGUAAAAAUUGCAAUUCCCCGACCGAAAUUGAACCUCUGAUCUUUUAGAUUUUUGACUUUUUUUAUGAAAUCGCAGCUUUCCAGCUGGUGAGUAAGAAAGGUCACCAGUUUUAUUCCCGCUCCUGACUCACGAUUUCCUUCUUUUCUUUUAAGAGCUCGACUUUGACCGUACUAUUCUUGAUUUAUUGAGGCUAAAAUAGACUUUGCAUCAAAAGAGUCUUAUAUUCAGGGUCGCAUCCCUGUUUAACAGCCUAUGGUUUCCUCCUUUCUUGUCGCGGUUAACCUUUAUUUUCGAGUAAACUUCAGCUACGUAGACUCUUGCAGUGCUCCAAACUCAUCUUCUACAAAUGAAGUCGCCUCUUGGCGACCUGAAAUUAUGCACUGGUAGUCAGAAUGCAAUAUUACAUGAAGGUUCUGAAAUAUUUUAAAUGGCUGCCUAGAAUUGUAGAUAUCGUAAUGGAAUUUGGAGUUGCACACGACAUUUCAAGGUAGGCUUCAUAUCUUUUCGACAACCAGGGUGAAAGAGGCGAUUUAUGGCGAAAACAGAGAGUAAAUAAUAUUUCGUGCAAAUUUCUAGCUUACUUUAACCUUAGAACGACCAUAAACAUUAACUAAUUCACUACAGCUUGGCACAUGACCGCCGAGCACAGGUCGCCGAAGUGGUGAAUUUUACUGCAGUUUUAGGAUAUACGAGAAAGGACAUUGAAUUUCGCGUUCUAGUUUGAAGACGAAUUUUCUGUCACAGAAAUAGAUAUGAACUUUUAUAAUAUUGCGUGUAAUCUGUACGUCUCUUUGGUGGGAAUGAGUGGUCUGCAAACUAAGCGACAAGUUGACUGUUUUGAAACGAAAUAAUACUUUGUUAUUUUAAAAAGGUUAACCUUGGCUUAAAAUCACUUAAAAUAGCGCUUAAUGGUUUUCUGAACUGCAGUCUUCACAAGCUACAUGGGCUUCCAUGUUUGACCAUGUUUACUUUUUCCGGAUUUAAUAUGGAUUGAGAUACGUUGUACUGAUGUAGCAGAACAAACGCUCAGUGUUAAUCUGAUCUCAACUAGAACUUUGAACUGAUGCUUGUGAAAGAAUUUAAUGACCUUAGAAGUAGUUUAAGAACCAAAGCAAAUCUAUAGAGACUCCAGACGGAAGCCCCUUUCUUGUGUCGUGAGAAACCUCCAUUUUUUCUUCCUUGACGUACUUGAAUUUCGAUGCAAAGUGAAUACCUGCUUCUAAGGUCAAAAGUGGCUUAAAAUUGAGAUUCUUGGUACGGUAUUUAACAUAACAAUCGCUUAUUUUCAAACUGGAUCUCAACUGAAAAUCAGAAGUUUUGAACUUAAAUACGUGUGAAACCUUUUAAUGUACUACAAAACACUUUUAUUGUAAACUUAUCGAUUAAAGCAAAUCUAUAGAAACUUAUCAAAAACCUCUCUUUAAGAUCGGGCUUGUCGUGAGAAACCGCCUUGUUUUCCUUCUAAAUUGCAGUUUAACAUCCACGCCAAGGAAUGUAUGAUUAUUUGCGUGUGAGGUCAUCAGCGGCUUGCGGGUGGAAUUCUUUGAUAUGUAACUGCUUCCGUUUUGGUUUUCGCGCCUAAAACGGGCGAUUUCGGUGGCAACGUUCGGGCAGCUUGCCACGUUGCAAAACUAUUAAAAUUCUUAACCUCCGUUUUGGGACAUAAGUCGUCGUCUGAAUUGUUAAGAGAAGUAGAACUCAGCCGGGAUUUCUACUUAAGGCACUGUUUUUUGUCCAAUUUUUUUUUUCUUUUGGAUGACGAGCUACACUUUUUUUUUCUAGCUUGAGGAAUUUAUCCUAUAAGAAAAACAACAAACUUACCUAUACCACAGAUACCAGAGCUCCAAAUAAUUUAUCUUUCUUGAAAGGACAGAUGUCCAGGUAAGUCACCAUUUGGGUCAGACGAAACAAAAAUAUGUCGAACUCAAUCAACGGAUUGCGCGUCUUUAACGAAAACUGUGAAUGAAAGGCUUGGUUAUUCCGAAAAAUAGAGAACAGAAGUGAUGACGUCACAAAAGCUAAUUUUGUGAAAUUAUGGGAUAGGUUGGCAUGUCCAGAAAGAACAAGAUGAGAAAUGUUCACUUGCCAAAAAUCAGACUGUUAGUCAGGAAAUUGGCGGUGAGAUGUAAGCAUUGUUAUGCCCCAAUGACUACACUGGAGUCAUAGCAUAAAGGUACUUAGAUGUCCCCGCCAAUUUUCACAAGAAGGCUGAUUUUUAGCAAGGGGGGUGUUUUCACCUUGUUCUUUCUAAAUAUGCUAUCCAGUCUCAUAAUUCACAAAUUUGAAUUUCUGGGACCUCACACUUCUCUUCUCUAUGAUAGUCGUUGAUAUUAACUUGGUCAGGACCAUAGUUAUGAUUUCGUGAGGCAUGGGCCAGUUUUAGUUAAGCAUUACCCGAUGAAGGACACCGACUGUUAUUUUCAGCCCUGUAAAAUCCUGCCCAAGGAAACUACAUUAUGGAACAUGUAUACAAAUCAAAUAAAUGAUGCCAAGUUAAUACAUGUUUGAGUAACUUGAAAUGGGAGAGGGAACGUCGUGGUCGCGUGAACGACUUAUUUUCGGAGGUCACAAACAGAUAACCUUUAUUGGCGCAAAGUAAAUAGUUUUUAACUCGAGACUUAAAAACGUCAGGGCAAGCCUUCCUCUUAGAUGCGGCUACAAAACGUAUUUUAAGAGUUUAAAAUGUGAAACCUAGAGCAAAUUUGUAAGGCGGAAUUGAGUAAAAUAAUCGAGAAAAAGUGGUAAGUGUGAGAUAUUUGGCUAUACUUUUGCGUCACCACCUUCAUCAUUUUCGCCCGAACGACUGUCAAGCAUACGAUAACUGAGAUACUUGCUCCUCUUUCUGAAGGUUUAUCUCGCCUUUGCUAAUGUUCCGUUGGAUGUUCGUUCUUCUUCUGGCAUCGAUGCCCUGGUCGUGGUUCAUUGGUCUGCGUAAAUUAAGGAUGACCCGUCUCGAGGCGACGUUAGCAGCCCUCUUUGUGCAUUCAAUUCACAGCUGGCGUAAGUUUGGUUUGGAGUUGGAAGCAUUUCACGAGUAUGGUCUCUUUACUCAAGCUUACGGAAUGGCCAUACUUCCUCUCGCAGGUAAUCUUGUAAUC